AUGGCUCCCGCGGGCGACUGCUCCAGCCCGCUGCUGCAGGAGCCGGGCGCGGCCGCGGAAGCGGGCGACCGGCACGCCAUCAAGUGUGUGCUCGUGGGCGACGGCGCCGUGGGCAAGACCGCGCUCGUCGUCAGCUACUCCACCAACGGCUUCCCCAGCCGAUACGUGCCCACCGCCUACGACACCUUCACAGUGAUGGUCCGGGUCGACGGGCGGCCGUACAGCGUGCAGCUCUGCGACACAGCGGGCCUGGACGCGUUGGACCCGGUGCGCGCACUGUGCUACCCGGACGCGGACGUCUUCCUGGUGGUGUUCAGCGUGGUGGCGCCGGCGACGCUGCGCUCCGUGGAGCGGCGCUGGGCGCCCGAGGUGCGCCGCUGCUGCCCCGACGCGCCGCUGGUGCUGGUGGGCACGCAGGCCGACCGGCGCCGCGACGCCCGCCUGCUGGCAGAGCUGUCUGCGCGCGGCCAGGCGCCCGUGUCGAGCGCCAGGGCGGCCGAGGCCGUGCGCGCCGUGGGCGCCGCCGUCUACGUCGAGACCUCGGCGCUCACCCAGAGGGACCUCAAGGAGGCCUUCGACCAGGCCAUCGUCUGCGCGCUGCGCCGCCGCGGGCUGCUGCGCCCGCCGCCCCCGCGCCGGAAGAAGCCCUCGGGGCUGUUGUGCUGUUGCCGCCGCUAGCUUCCGAGCCCAGUUCCGUCGCAGCAACGCUACCGGUCCAAUUCCCCAUUCUCAGUCGGUUAUCCGCUGUUGAUGCAACACCGCGAGGAGUCCUACCACAUCAUCUAUAGAUGCUGCCAAUUACGAACUGGCGAUGCCACAUCAAGACUAACGCUACUGUGCUACAGACCGAGGAGGUGCUACAGCAGCAUUUCAGUCCUACGUGUCCACAUCUUCAUUCAUCUCUAUCCAUUUACCAGGAACUGACGAUCCAACACCGAGGCAGAAGAGGUACUACAUCUCCUGGUGCUCUGAAGCCUGCCUCCAACGACUCCCUGAAUGACUCGUCAGUCACAGUAUCUCACUGUCUGUGACGCAACUUCGGGACAAAUGGUACUGCACUAGAGAACGAAGAUGUGCUAGGCCCGUCUCCAACAGCCUCGCAACACCACCCUCCCGUUUCUGCAGCCGUCUACUUUCUGGGAACUGGUGGUAUGGCAUUAAUAUGGGGCACCAGUGUGCUGGAGACAUAAGAGGUGCCCUACAUCGGCUAAGACUGCCAAUACUGCAUCUGCUGGCUUUCGAAACAAGUCCAUCAGCUCUUAUAAACAGCAAGUGACAUCCCGGCGAGUUCUACUGUCCUAGAGGAUGAAGAGAUCUACAUCUACGUCCAUACUCCGCAAGCCACCUGACGGUGUAUGGCGGAGGGUACUUUGAGUACCUGUAUCGGUUCUCCCUUCUAUUCCAGUCUCGUAUUCUAAGCUUUUCUCCAACACCGUCUUAACAUCCCAGUUUCUUCAUCCAUCUCGACAUCCACUUACCAGAAACCAACUGUACAACAUCGAGAGGAGUGUUAGUGGGCUGCGAAGCAAGCAUCCACCAUCUCUCAAAAUCAGUCGUCCAUUUUAUAAUCCAGUAUCAGAUACUCACUGUUUAACUGGUGACGCAACAUCCAGACAACUGCUUCUGUACAAGAGGACGAAGAGAUAAUCGGCCUGUCUCCACCACUUUCUCAAACUUGACUGUCCACGUCUGUUUUCGUCCGCAUAUCAGGAACUGGCAAUGUACCAGCAUGGGUAUCACAGUACUCAAGUCAUAAAACGUACCCUCCGUCGGCUGACUCUGUCUGUCCUACCUCCGCUGGCAUUCAAAACCAAAGUUCUUUUACAAAUAUCGCUAUCAUUUACGCAUUGCCGAGUAACGACAACUGGUGAUAUGGCAUGGAGACAAAAUAUGUGCUAGAGGAUGAAGAGGUGUAAGGAUUCUCUACGCAAACAUCUCAACCCAGUCCGCCCAAUUCUUCAUUCACUACCAGUUAACUACUUUCUCUUAGAGGGAAUUUGCAAGACAUUUACUACAGUGCUUGAGACAACAGUGGUGCUACAUUUCUUGGCGCUGCAAAGACCGCCUCCAACAGCUCUCAAAAUCAGUCUCCAUUUCGUAAGCCACAGCUAUUGUCCAGUACACACAACUGGUGACGUGAGGUCAAGACGAAACCUACUGUGCAACAGAACCAAGAGCUGCUAAGCCUAUCUCAAGGAGCAUCUCUACCUAGACCGACCGUUUGUGCAUUCGUCCACUAACCGGAAACUGGCAAUGUACAACUACAACAGGUCCAAAAGAACGUUGUCAGCAAUUGGUGACGCAACAUUAAUGUGACUUCUACUGUGCUAGGUAGCCAGGAACUGUUACACCUGUUUCCACCGUCGUCUCAACUCUCGCUGUCCAGUUCUUCAUUUGCUACCAGUUACCCAUUAUUCCUUACUAUGUACUGACUGUUAAGGCCAAGGCGAGUGAUACUAUGCUUGGACGAGAGGAAAUGCUACCUGGAGGCUCUGACCGUUCUAUAUUUGCCAGCGGUUCAACUUUGACAGUUCAGCACUUGACAACUGGUUAUGCGCUCUCCAUUUUUGAGAACUAGUGAUGUGUCGUCAGAAGAAGAAGAACACCUCCUCGUGAAGGGCAACAGUUACUAUAGUGCUACGCCUGUUUUCAGCACUUAAGUCAUCUGUCAACUAAUUGUUAAUUCACUGACUUCAUCAGUAACUGGCAAUCGACAACAAGAUGAACGUAACUACUCCUGAACCAGUAAAUGGAACAGUACUCCUAAUGCUUUUUUUUUCGGACUUACAGUGUACAGUUUGAUGCCACGUAUUCACUGCCCACCGUGACAGAAUUAUCCAUAAGUAAUCUAUAGUCUCUUAUUGGAGUUUUUAAGAGAGAAUUUCUGCAACUCAUUACUAUUUCUGAGAGCUUAUCGUAAUUCUUUUUACUUUGGCGUCAGUCACCCAUCAGCAUUUGGUAAUAGCAACAUCACAACACCUUAUAUACAUUAGUUGAUAGGAAUGCAUUAGUUGAUAGGGCCUAAAAUUUAAAUAAGAAUUGAUCACCAAGAAUGUUGUGUUACUCAGCAAUAACUAAAAUAUUUUCAAAUCAAGGAUUCGAUCUGCAAUUCCUGUUUCUUUAAAAAGCCAUUACAUUUUCUUUUAGAACUACGAUCUACUCGAUAACAUAUUAUUAUAAUUUCCACAUCUUGAUUUAAAAUUCAAGAGGAAAUUGAUGGAUGCAGAUGAUCCAUUCGUAUGUGUCCGUCAUAGUCGGACUCAAUAAUGGCCAAACUUUUUCCUUACUGGGGAGCUAAAAUUAAAAUAUAUUCCAGUUGUCUGAGUGACAAAUUUCCUUGUACGAAUUAUUUCAUAUUAUUCAUGUCAUUUGCUACAUAGAGCACAGAUUUCAUACUCUUUUUGAGUUUAUUUCUCAAGAAGCUCAUUUACUUAAACAGUGAAACAUAUUUGAGGGUUCCGCCAAGAGCAAAACCACUACUUCUUAUGGUUUACUAUUUCCCAUACAUGUUUCGAUGCUCUCACUCCAUCCCUAGACAUUAUGUCUUUAUUGUAUUUAGCGGUACAUUUGAUUGGUCGUGUUAUCCUUUGCUUCCUAUAUUACACGAGAUAUUUCCAUACGAUUCUGUCAUCUGCAAUUUUGUUGAUGUUUGUACUGGUUUUCAAAACUUAACAGUCCUGUCACUUAAAAACAAAACUACGCAUUCCUAUGUUGUUUAAAAAGGAACGAAACUACAGAUGAAAAAAUUGAAAAAAAUCUGUCACCAGUAAUGCAGAAGGUAGACAGCAACACCAGCAACGAAAGAGAACACUGGGCGACGUAAAAGUACCGAAACAUUUCUGGGAAAUAUUAAACAAGAAGAAAUAGUUUUCAAGGUAGAGUGCUGAAAUACAUUUCGUAAAUAAAAUAUUUCUUAGCGCUAAAGAAAUGGGUUCAGUCAGCGCCUGCACCAUUUUACGAUACAAAGUUUGUGAACGAGUCACACUUAACACCCCUAUUACGCGAAUAAUGGUACGAUUCCAUGAUAUAGCAUUGUACCACAAUGAUUACAGAUAAAACAAAGUACACAAACCACUAGUAAGAGGAACUCAAAGUUUCUUUAAAACAUCGUUCGCUGGUACACAGCUCUUGUUCACCGCCGGCUGGAACGUAGUCUUGGAAACAUGUGUUUUAUAUGUUUUUUUUUCCUACGUAGAUGCUGUUCACACCCAUCACACCUGGUGUGUUUCAAGACUCAUUUCAUUCCCCUAAUAAGUUAUCAAAAUCUCUCAGCCCAUGGACAUUACAAUGGUAAUUCCAACCCAUAUAGAUCUUCUCUACAGAAACGGAGGCAAUAUUAGUAAUGCUGCCCUUGAAUAUUUUAUUGUACGUGAGAUUUGUUGUCUAUAACGAUAUGAACAAUAUAAUUAAAUUAAAGAGAGAUCCUAAAGUUCCUACGCUGAUGCUAUUAUACUACUGUAGUAUUUUGUUACAGAACGAACUGUAAGACUGAUUAGCAGUUCACGUAGUGUAGGGAACUAUUUUACAAUACUAUUUUAGGACUAUAUAUAAACUUUUAAUUCUAUCAAAUGCAGUCUAUAAGAAUAUUUCUUCUGUAUUAACAACUGCAUGUUUGAGAGGAAGAGGAAAAACAAGAAUUUCUUUUGUAGAAAUAUUACAGAAGUGAGUAUUUAAGCGGAUCUUUUGUGCCGUAUGUUGCAAAGAGAACAUUCUUCACUCUCGAUGAACCAACGUUAUCGAUUGACAAUUGAAAAACACCGUUAAGAACUUAGUAAAUACUUUGUUACAAGCAAGCAGGAAGUUUUUGUCGUCGUCGCUUCAUGUAAAUGUUAUCUUUAACUUUCGACUAGUUAUGUGUUUCAUUCAUUUGGAUGUAUGCAGAACAAUCCAGUAUUCAUCUGGAUGCAUGCAGAAGAUACGCGAAAAUGAAGUACUCUGUUGCAGAAUACUACUUUCUAUUUACAACCUGCUGAUAGGAAAUCGUGUCUUUUUGGUUAGGUGCAUGUCUUCUUACAAAGUGGUCACUCAUAUAUUGGUAGAAGUUAUUUACCAGCAAAGUAUACCAUAUGAACCAGUGGGUAUUUUUCCCUGUGUUAUGAUCCAUAUGUGGUAAGCAGGCCAUAAUACAAACACUAAAGGUAAACUCUUUAUUGCUUUCUUGUUAAUGGCAAAUAAAUAUUCGUAAAAAAUAACGAAGGAGAAAAGUUAUUUAUUAUAGAAACGUUAAUUUAAAAUAACAAAGAACGUUGUUUAUCUUUUCUGGAUCGUACCAAAAAAUUCUAUUUCUUUAAUUCGUUGUAACUGUUUUUACUUGGAUAAAAUCGCUUCAUUUUGUAAUGAAAUUAAACCUACGGAAGUAACAGGUUCUUCUGCUGCCACAGGCAAUAAUUUGGUGUACAAUUUGAUCACGUAUUUACCAAAUAGUGAAAAUUUAGUAUAUGAUAAUUACUGUCUCUGUUUAUAAGACAUCAUGAUAGAACAUCAGAUACUAAAUAAACGUAAGCUAAAUAAAUGUCUAGGACUUAGUGACGUUAAAAUUCAAUCAAACUUUUUCGAGCGAUGGCAGUUAUCCCUUAAGGAAAACCUCAAAGUUCUGAAAAUGUGACUGUAUACUGUGAAUAAUUAUUUAACUAGUAAUAUUCGUAUCGAAUAAUCUCAUUGUGCAUGUCAUAUUAUUUGUGAUAUAAACAAUUAAGACGAACUGUUGAGGUAUUCAGAAGCUGUGAUACUUUUUGUAAGAGUGUUGUUUGUUAUAU